GGCUGCUGAGAGCCAAUGGCUGGGGACGCCCGGGGGGCAGAAGCCGGAACUGGGUUCGGGGAAAGCUGGCUUCCCAUCGGCGGAAGUGAGAGGAAGAAACCGGAAGUGUGGAAGAAGGAAGUGACUGACACCGGCAGCCCCACUGACCGUGAGCGGGCGACGGAGACACCGAGGGGGAGAUCCGGGCGACGCUCCAGUCACUUCGACUCGAGUCACAUAGCUCAGUCUCCUCCGGGACCGCUCACCCAACCCCCGCCUGUGCCUGAGUUACGUGGUCGAUGAAUAUGGCGCAGGAGACAAAUCACAACCAGGCACCCCUGCUUUGUUCCAAUGGCUGUGGCUUUUAUGGUAAUCCACGCACCAAUGGACUCUGUUCUGUGUGCUACAAAGAACACCUGCAGAGGCAGAACAACAGCGGUGGCAGGAACAGCCCACCAGUGGUGUCGGUGGGAAGUGGGGUGGAGGUGUCCUCCUCACAGCAUGUAGUCAGUACCCAGGUAGAUGAGCCAGAUGAAUCUGUGUUGCCACAAACACAAGCGAGCUCUCAGCCACUCCCAGAGUCUGUCUCCUCAUCACAAGCUGAAACUGCAGAGAGCAGAACUGACGAAUUAAAAGAGACACCAGAUUGCUUUGGCAGAUUCUCAGAGAAGGGUUUCAGAUUUUCAAGCAUAGAAAAGGGGGGAAUUCAGCGCAGUGUGUUGCAAGAAGAAGGCUCAAGAAGGGGAAAGAGAAAGCAUAUUGAGACAGAACAGAACUUAGACAGUGCUGAUGCUGCAGCAUCAGAUAGUGCACAAAACUCCUCUGACGAGCAGGAGCGCUCUCCGGAGAAAGCCAAGAACAAGAAGAACCGAUGUAACAUGUGCCGCAAGAAGGUUGGACUCACAGGAUUCGAAUGCCGGUGUGGGAAUGUAUUCUGUGGGACACAUCGCUAUUCUGACGUGCACAGCUGCUCCUAUGACUACAAAGCGGAUGCAGCUGAAAAGAUCAGGAAAGAAAACCCCGUUGUGAUUGGGGAGAAGAUCCAGAAAAUUUGAGGCCGAGCUUGAGAAUGGUUGUGUCCCGGGUUAUAUCAGCUAUUGGCUGCGAACUGCGGUGGGAUGCAGUUUUUUUUUUUUUACCCACCUUUUGUCAUCUUGACUCUGGACCCAGGGAUGCAACUCCUCUCGCUCCAUCUUGUUUAGUUUGAAAACAAAAAAUUUCCCUUUUUCUUACUGCAGCUUUUCCUGGAUCCUUUAAACAACUGAAACAAGGAUAAAAACACAAAGCAAACACAAGUAAAAUCUUUAUAAACUUUCUCCAGGUGUACCAUCCUUUAGAGACCAGGUAGAUCUACUCUUUAAGAGGGACACGUGAUGGAGUGUAUUAUCCUCUCUGGAAUGGCUUGUUUUGUUUUUUACACAUCUCUAGAUUGAAUCUCCUGACUCCUUAUCCCCAAUGUAUUUAUCCUGAAAGUAAAUGGAUCAACAUUUUAUUGGACCAAUUUAAUCAUGUGUGUUUGAGCUCUGGAGAAGUGCCCUUUUUCAACAGAGGAGUGUACUUUUUAUUUUAUUUUAUUUUUUUCUGCAUCAUUUUGUGUGAUUGUGUGGAUGAUUAAAAAAAAUAAUCUUUAACUAUAGAAGGUUUAAACAACAAAAAAAAAUGGAUGCAUUUUAUUGUUGGAAAUGGUUCUUUUUUUCAGCAGGUCCUGCAGGGGGUUUGCUCGGCGCCCAUUUUACACUCUUGGGUUGAGUUAAUCAUAUUCUGCCUUUUAGUGACCAAUCUAACAAGCUGUAGACUGGGACGAGGCUCUGUGUACAUUUUAACAGGCUGAUGUCACUGGGCAGAGCGUUUUUGUUUCCCAGGCCUUCCGUUUGCUUCUGGGCUAAAAAAAACAAUACACAGUAAAUUAAAAAUCUUUAAUAUUUUUGUUCCAUUUUUAUAGUAGGAAUAAUCAAACGUGUGAGUGUUGCCACGUGUUGGUCUCUCACUGGAAGGUUUUCUGUUGAUGUCUGUUUGAUUUUAAAUAAAAUGUCAAAUCUUG